AUGUCCACCUCAGAGCCCAAGCAAGAGGUCAAUUUUGACCUUAGCGUCGGGUUCACCUCGCCGGACCAGCCCGUCUCCUGGAAUCGACGUGACCUCCUCCUCUAUGCCGCCGGUAUCGGAGCGGGUCCAGAGGACUUGGAGUACACGUAUGAGGCGCUGGAUAGCUUCCGCGCCUUUCCGACCUACCCACUCGUACUGUCAUUGAAAGGCGAGGCACAAGACACGACCAUCUUCAGCGAGAUGGUCUCCAGCCGCGCUGGCACGCCUGGAUUUCCAGUGCUCGACCCUAACACAAUCGUACACGGCGAACAGAGUAUCGAGAUUAUCAGGCCUCUCCCAAUCGUCAGCGGCCCUGGUUGGAAACUCAGGAAGCGCGUUUGCGCGGUGCAUGACAAGGGUAAUGCGCUGAUUCUCGAAACUGAGAUCAAGCUCAUCAGUCCGGUCGGAGCUGUCCAUGCCGUAAUGAUUGCCGCCACCUUCUACCGCGGCGGAGGCCAAGGAACGGGCUACAGCAGGUCGAUCAUUCGCAAGCCUCCUGGCGCGGGUAAACCCCCUGCGUGUGCUCCUGACCUGACGUUGUCCGAAAAGACAACUCCAGCUCAAGCAGUCCUCUACCGCCUAAGCGGGGACUACAAUCCUCUGCAUAUCGAUCCACAAAUAGGCGCGCGCGGUGGAUUGGGAGGCGUCAUCCUACACGGCCUCUGCAGCUACGGACACGCAGCUCGAGCCGUUCUUCGCACCGUCGAACCCCAAGAUGGCAAGCGUGGCGCUCCCGCUGCGCAGCUCAAAAUGCUAAAUGCAAGGUUCACGAGCCCUGUCAAGCCUGGUGACGAGCUUGAGACCAAGGUCUGGAAGGUGGGUGAAAAGGAGGGAGCUAUAGAGCUGCUCUUCGAGCAGACCAUCGUCGGUGGCAAGAAGAGCUUGGCUGGCUAUGCCCAAGUCAUCCCGGCUUCCGCAGCGCAGUGUGGCGCCAAACUUUGA